UUUGCUCAAUAUCUCCAUGUAGUUUGGAAUGAGAGGAGACAUGCUGAUCAGUGCCCCCCUCUCCAGCACACACUGCAUGGCAUCGGAUUGAAGUCAGCAGCUCCUCUUCUUCCUCCUCUCCUGCUCUGUCUGCCCUGACAGCUGCAAAAGAGAGAGGAUUUUUUAGCAAGUAAGGCAAUUUGGAGUGACAUGCAAACGAUCCCUCCCCCUACCCAGGCACUGAUUAACCAGGAGAUGCAAUGCAAGAACCCUGAGGAGCAGCACCAAAAAGAAGACCGGCCAAGCAAGGAUUGCACUAGGGGUUUCAUAGCGAUCUGUACAGAGGAUUACCUGGAAUUAUAGCUCCCAAAUCAAAUUUAUGUAUGGCUUGGUUAAAGUUGCAGCCCCUUGCAUCAACUUUUCUUCACUUUGGACUUGUCACAUUCAUCUUGCUUUUUCAAAGUCCUCAGGUUCAUGCUGUUUCUGCAGGCCACCCUCCAAGCAGUCCACAAAAACAAAACUACUCCUGCACUGGAUCCUUUGACUGUAAGGCAGGUGUCAUUUUGCCGAUAUGGUACCCAGAGAACCCUUCCCUGGGAGAUAAGAUUGCCAGAGUUAUUGUGUACUUUGUAGCAAUGAUCUACAUGUUUCUUGGCGUGUCCAUCAUUGCAGAUCGUUUUAUGGCAUCUAUAGAGGUCAUAACAUCACAAGAACGGGAAAUCAUAAUUAAAAAACCCAAUGGUGAGACCUCCACAACGACUAUUCGAGUAUGGAAUGAAACAGUCUCCAAUUUAACCCUUAUGGCACUUGGGUCUUCUGCCCCUGAAAUUCUUUUGUCAUUAAUUGAGGUAUGUGGUCAUAAUUUUGUUGCUGGAGAUCUUGGUCCGUCCACCAUUGUUGGGAGUGCAGCAUUUAACAUGUUUAUCAUAAUUGCUAUUUGUGUCUAUGUCAUACCUGAUGGUGAAGUUCGCAAGAUCAAGCAUCUUCGAGUAUUUUUUGUGACUUCAGCAUGGAGCAUCUUUGCAUACAUAUGGUUAUAUAUGAUCCUUGCUGUGUUCUCUCCUGGAGUGGUGCAAGUGUGGGAAGGUUUGCUGACAUUGUUUUUCUUUCCUGUAUGUGUUGUUCUUGCCUGGGUGGCAGACAGACGUCUUCUUUUCUACAAAUAUAUGCACAAAAAGUAUCGGACUGACAAACACAGAGGGAUUAUGAUUGAGACUGAGGCAGAGCACCCAAAAGGGAUCGAAAUGGACGGCAAAAUCAUGAACUCUCAUUUUCUAGAUGGAAAUCUGUUAAACAUGGAUGGAAAGGAAGUAGAUGAAUCUCGCCGAGAUAUGAUAAGAAUCCUUAAGGAUUUAAAGCAGAAACACCCGGAGAAGGAUUUAGAUCAGUUAGUAGAAAUGGCAAAUUAUUAUGCCUUGUCACAUCAACAGAAAAGCAGAGCAUUUUACCGAAUACAAGCCACCAGAAUGAUGACUGGAGCAGGUAACAUUCUGAAGAAACAUGCUGCUGAGCAGUCAAAGAGAUGCACCAGCUUACAGGACAUAUGCUUGGACGAAUCUGAAGAGUUUGUGUCUAAGAUCUAUUUUGAUCCAUGCUCCUAUCAAUGCCUUGAAAAUUGUGGUGCUGUCUUGUUGACUGUUGUAAGAAAAGGUGGUGAUGUCUCCAAGACUCUGAUGGUGGACUAUAAAACUGAAGAUGGUUCUGCAAAUGCAGGAGCUGAUUAUGAGUUCACAGAAGGAACCUUAGUGUUCAAAUCUGGAGAAACCCAAAAGGAGUUCUCAGUUGGGAUUAUUGAUGAUGACAUCUUUGAAGAAGAUGAACAUUUCUUCGUGAGACUCUGUAACAUACGAAUAGUUGAUGCUUCAGAGCCAGUGGAACCCAAUACUUUUUGCUACCCAAAAGCAGUUUUGGUCUCUCCCUAUGUGGCCUCCGUUACUAUACUGGAUGAUGACCAUGCUGGGAUUUUUACUUUUGAAUGUGACAUCAUACGUGUUAGUGAAAGCAUUGGUGUGAUGGAAGUUAAAGUUCUUAGGACAUCGGGAGCUCGGGGCACUGUCAUUGUCCCUUUUAGGACAAUUGAAGGCACUGCAAAAGGUGGCGGAGAAGAUUUUGAAGACGCAUAUGGUGAACUGGAAUUUAAGAAUGAUGAAACUGUCAAAACAUUUCAGAUCAAAAUAAUUGAUGACGAGGAGUAUGAGAAAAACAAGACUUUCCACAUUGAACUGAGGGCGCCUCACGUUGUGGACAUGAGUGUGCAGAAAGCUUUACUAUUGAAUCAAGCUGUUGAACUUGUGGAAAGGAAAUUUUCAGUGGAGGAAGAAGAAGCCAAACGAAUUGCUGAGAUGGGAAAACCAGUUUUGGGGGAGCACCCAAAACUUGAAGUGGUUAUUGAAGAGUCUUAUGAGUUUAAAAGUACAGUGGACAAACUCAUUAAAAAGACCAACCUCGCCCUGGUGGUAGGAACUCAUUCCUGGAGGGAUCAGUUCAUGGAAGCAAUUACUGUUAGUGCAGCCGGAGAUGAAGAUGAGGAUGAAUCUGGAGAAGAGCGGCUGCCAUCUUGCUUUGACUAUGUUAUGCACUUUUUGACCGUGUUCUGGAAAGUACUUUUUGCGUGCGUUCCCCCUACGGAAUAUUUGAAUGGAUGGGCGUGCUUUGUUAUAUCAAUAGUUAUCAUUGGCAUCCUCACUGCCAUCAUCGGGGAUCUUGCUUCUCAUUUCGGCUGUACCAUUGGCUUGAAGGAUUCUGUAACUGCAGUGGUAUUUGUGGCCUUUGGCACAUCGGUGCCUGAUACAUUUGCAAGCAAAGUAGCUGCUACACAGGAUGUGUAUGCGGAUGCGUCAAUUGGCAACGUGACCGGGAGCAAUGCUGUUAAUGUAUUCCUCGGUAUUGGCAUAGCAUGGUCGGUGGCUGCCAUCUACUGGGCUUACCAGGGAAAAGAAUUCCAUGUACAAGCCGGAACCUUAGCUUUCUCAGUAACCCUGUUUACCAUCUUUGCAUUUGUCUGCAUCAGCGUCUUGCUGUAUAGGAGGCGGCCUAGUAUAGGUGGGGAACUGGGUGGCCCAAGGGGCUGCAGACUUGCCACAACUUUGCUCUUUGUAACCUUAUGGCUACUUUACAUCUUAUUUGCUACUCUGGAAGCCUACUGUUAUAUCAAAGGGUUCUAAUCUAAGCCAAGCGACGCCUGCAACAAACCUGCCGCCUUCAUCUGACGGCAGUCUCCUUCAGGAGAAUCUCCAUUGCAGAAGGGAUACCAGCCAAAUCAAAUUGCAUCUCUACAUCCGCUGGAGAUGGAUGAUAACACAAUCCAAAGGACCUUGUGACUUGUAUCAGUGGUUGACGUGCAUUAAGACAAAUACCGGUACUCUCAAUUUCUGAGAACCCGGUCAGGAAACAAACAAACAAAAAAGCGCUUUCUAGCCAAUGAUUACCGGACAGUGGAUACACUUUAAAUACUGGUCACUUUUUAAUUACAAUAGCAAGAGGAAGCUAUUUGUGCCGCCCAGGGUACCAGGCAACAUCACCCUUUGACCAAUGGAAUAAUAAUGGUUACAACCAGCAAGAAUUUCCGUAUUUUCUGGUUUAUUUGCAUCUUUAUUUUGUUGGGUUUUUGUUUGUCGCUUUAAACAAACCUUUGUAUUUAUUUCAUAUUUAUACGCCGCCUUCUAAAUAGAUCUCAAUAAUCACUGUUUUAAAACUUAUGACACAGUGGUAGCUAAAUAUGUCUUAUUUUUUUCAUUUAAUCACACUGCAAACUGAAAAAAAAACGCAAUUGGUGAAGCCAAGGAACCGUGAAGAAGCCUUCAGUGUAACUCUGUAGCACCGCUAGAUUGCACACUGGGAAUUCCAGGUUUAUAUAUAAGUGUCAACAACCCUUGGAUGGAGAAAAGAGAGAAAGAAUUGAGGUCACCUUAUGGAAGCUUGUAAACCUUUGUACAUACCUAGUAAUCACUUGUCGCUGGACCACCAGCGUGGUUUCAUAUUGGCAGUCAGUUUAAAUAAGUAGUUCUCAAAUGCCUAAUGGAUGACCCACCUUCGCCUCAUAUUUCCCUCCAUACCCAUGUCCUACUGGAUCCUACCAGAUUGGCUAGAGAGAACAGUCCACAUCCCCUUGUAUCUGGACAUAAGCUUUAGCCGUGGUUGGUCUUCUGUUACACUUUAACUACCUGUUCUUUUCCUUCUACUUGUAUAUUAGGAGGGUUUAUCCCAAUAUACUGGAUUACUGUUCUUUUAGAAGACUAAAUUCUAUUUAUUUUUGUAUACAGGACCUUUAGAUUUUGCUGACUCAAGAUGAAGAUGCCAGUUUCUCAUCCAUCAUUUUCAACAUCACUUUCAUGUCAUUACUCGCAAAAGAAUUUUACAGGGAAAUAUAUUUUUAUCUAAUUUAUGUUACAUAUUCCUUCUAUACAAGGCUUUAUUGAGGUUAUGCAGCAAGAAAGAGUUCUGUCCUUUCACACUUGAGGUUGUAGUGCUCGUAUUAAACAGCAACAUGUGUCAUUGAGGAGCAAGACAUAAGGCACCAGUAAGAAGGACGGU